UCGGUUGCGCGUGUGCUUCCCCAGGUCCUGGCAGCGCCAUCCGGCUGGAGGGAGAGGAUUCUGGCCGCUUGUUUUGUCACUGCAAAGGAACACUGGAUGUUUUUAUUUUUAUUUUAAUUUCUAUUUUUCUGGAUGUACAUGGGCGUGCUGCCAACAGGGACAAAGCAGCAAAGUGGCAAUCCACAACGUCGCUAUCGAUGGAAAAAAUAAGUUGACUGCCCGUGGAAGAAUUUUGUUUUCCUCGUUCCAGGGGAGAGGAGAGCUCAUUUUUAUCAAAAUGAAUCGGAUUUCAAGAAUCAAGGGAGUGCGGGAGUAGUGACAUUCAGAGGAAGACAGCGACCCACAUUUUGUGAACACUGCACGAACGUCAAUAUCCUAAACGCCAUAUCGAUGGUCACAUUUCCGCGCGACGGUGCUUGAAAAAUUGUUACACGGUGGUGUUACAUAGGUAAAGAUUUGUUCGAUGAGAGGCAUUUUGCCUGCGUGUAAAGCCAAAAUACAAGUAAGCUAGCAAGUGACAAGCUAGCGAGCGUGGCCUGAUUUGAGACCCAGCUAACUUCUGCAAACUGAAUGCAGCACUGGCAGUGGGAACAGCGUCGGUGCUGGAUCAGACAAUAUGGCAAACAUGAGGAAAUUGAAAAGAUGAACGUGUGGUGUCCUAUGUAAAUGCACAUCGAUUUCCCUUUUCUUUUCAAAAAGGGGGAAAUCAGACGAAUUUGGGGUGAGGAGAGUUGCUCAUCACUUCCAACAUGCGGGAGAUUUAAGGCCGUGCAACAUUUAUUUAUUGUGGGGGGAGCGGGAUUUAUUUUUGUGGCAUCAACAUUUUAGCUUGUUCAGUUUAUUUUGCGAAACAAGCAGAUUCUUGUACAGAAAUUCUUUAAGAAGCUUAAAAUUGCAUUAGUCGUUAGCAUUUUGCACGCAAUAGUGAAGGUCCAUUUUCAGAACUAGGUCAGAUUGGUGGAAUGAUAAACCUGGAGACUCCGAGAGAGUGUGGUAAUUAUGACAACUGACACAUUUAUUUAAUUCUCAUGUCAGACACUUUUGGUUUGAUUUUUGUUUUUGUAUCGUUACAUGACAGCCAAAUGACAGUUUGAAAACCACUGCUUGACAAGUCACACAUUUAGUCCGUUCACCGUGAGAUCUCACUAGGGACCCAUUUUUGCUCCUGUUCUUUUCUUCUCCUUGUUUUUGUUUUGAGUGGAUGGCUCUCUGCGGAACAACGGCAACUAAUGCCGCAAAAAUGAUGGCCGCGUACAACGGUGGCGCCUCAGCAGUGGCGGCACACCACCCGCACCAUCACCACCAACUACCGCACCUUCCACCCCCUCACCUCCACCACCACCACCACCCUGGACAACAUCAUCUGCAGCAUCCUGGCUCGGCCGCUGCCGUCCAUCCCGUUCAACAGCACGCCUCUACGGCUGCGGCAGCCGCGGCCGCUGCUGCGGCGGCGGUGAUGCUGAACCCGAGCCAGCAGCAACCCUACUUUCCCUCGCCAGCUCCUGGACAAGCACCAGGCCCGGCGGCGGCUGCUGCACCAGCCCAGGUUCAAGCUGCUGCGGCCGCGGCUGUCAAAGCGCACCACCACCACCAUCAGCAUUCGCAUCAUUUACAACAACAGCUGGACAUAGAACCCGACAGACCCAUCGGAUACGGAGCGUUCGGAGUGGUUUGGUCAGUGACGGAUCCAAGAGAUGGCAAACGGGUUGCCCUCAAAAAGAUGCCCAACGUCUUCCAGAAUCUCGUUUCCUGCAAGAGGGUCUUCCGCGAACUGAAGAUGCUCUGUUUCUUUAAGCAUGACAAUGUCCUGUCAGCUCUUGACAUUCUACAGCCUCCUCAUAUCGACUACUUCGAGGAAAUCUACGUGGUGACCGAGCUGAUGCAGAGCGACCUUCACAAGAUCAUCGUGUCCCCUCAGCCCCUCAGCUCCGACCACGUCAAAGUCUUUCUCUACCAGAUACUGAGAGGGCUCAAGUACCUGCACUCAGCUGGCAUCCUGCAUCGAGACAUUAAGCCUGGGAACCUUCUGGUCAACAGCAACUGUGUCCUUAAGAUCUGCGACUUUGGCCUGGCACGGGUGGAGGAGCUGGACGAGUCCCGUCACAUGACCCAGGAGGUGGUGACGCAGUACUACCGCGCCCCGGAGAUCCUCAUGGGCAGUCGCCACUACUCCAAUGCCAUUGACAUCUGGUCCGUCGGCUGCAUCUUUGCCGAGCUGCUUGGCCGACGAAUCCUCUUCCAGGCACAGAGCCCCAUACAGCAGCUCGACUUGAUCACAGACCUGCUGGGUACCCCGUCUCUGGAGGCCAUGAGGACUGCGUGUGAGGGGGCCAGAGCUCACAUCCUGCGGGGACCCCACAAACAGGUAGAGCACUUUGACCCAGCGCACCAUGAUGAGGAGGUUCUGCAUACCGAAUUAUCUCUGUGUUCGCAGCUUCUGUUUCCCCCGCGUCUCCUCCAGUCAAAGCGCAUCUCUGCGAAGGAUGCGCUGGCUCACCCCUACCUGGACGAGGGCCGCCUGCGCUACCACACCUGCAUGUGCAAGUGCUGUUACACCACCUCCACGGGCCGGGUCUACACCAGCGACUUCGAGCCUGUCACCAAUCCCAAGUUCGACGACGGAUUUGAGAAGAAUCUCACAUCGGUCAGACAGGUGAAAGAGAUCAUCCACCAGUUCAUUCUGGAGCAGCAGAAGGGGAACCGCGUGCCACUCUGCAUAAACCCCCAGUCUGCCGCGUUCAAAAGCUUCAUCAGCUCCACGGUGGCUCAGCCGUCUGAGAUGCCCCCGUCUCCUCUGGUGUGGGAGUAAAGCCCACUGACCGCUGGGAAGGUCCAGCGCCCCCAGGUGGCCACAGCCCUGCCUAAGUGUCCUCCAUGAAGCUCAUUCACAUCCCAACCACGAACCCCCCCACUCAGAACUACUGAAGAGGACCAGGCACCCACCACAACCCCCCACCCACCCCAGAAAACUACGUAGCAUUUCACUGGAGUCUAGGACUAGCAAAGAAAGAUGUUUUCUUAUCACAUUGUGUACUGUAAUACUAACUGAAGAUGGAUUUUUUUUUUUUUUUUUUUUUUUUUUUCUUUUUUGUUGAUGUACCAACCACUGCUGAUUAGAGUUUGUUUUCGUUAGAUAAAACGGGGGAUGGAUGGGGUUGGAGGGAUUGGACUUGUGGGUGAAAGGCGAACAUUAAGUUUGUGAAUGCACUCACGCAAACAUACACAUGCAUUUAAGUCUGUGUGUCUGUGUGUGUGUUUCUGGAGGCCCUAGGCCCACUGUGGACAGGAAUGUUGAAGUGUUAGCUGGGCCCGGGGCUCCGCUUCUCCGCUUCCUGUGAAAGGCAAACACAUGGCUCAGAAGAUCUGAGAGGAGAAACAAGAAAUGCAAGAGAAAGACGGAAGAGGUGGUGGAGGAGAGUUCCUGCGUGCAGUGGAGAUCAUCCUUUAUUCGCUUUGUCUUCAAGAGGCUGGAGUCUGGUCUGUUCAGCCACACGCAGAAGAACCCACACAGUCCUCCUCUUUCUCUCUCUCUCUCUCUGCCCCCUGUCUUGACUGAAAGGAUGACCUGAAUGUGCUGUAUUUUAUUUAUACUCUCAUACUGUUAAGCAUUAUGAUAAGAAGUUAACGUAUGUUAGAUUUUAAUUUCUUGGUGUUUGCCUCUCACUUUCUAUCUCUUUCAGUCUCUUUCUUACCAUUCCUACUUUUGUAGUAACAGGCAGUAUAUCCUGAUUUAUUUUUUUUGUUUGUUGGUUUGUUUAGCUCCAGUCAGCGUAGCGCUGUUAGCCCUGAUUGACUCUGAGGUCUGCGGAGUCUGUGUUUCCUUAACAGCACAGACUGCAGAGUGAUGAGGCUGUGGCCUUGCCGAGAGCUUGGAAAGCAGGCAGUUGAGGGCGAUGUGAAGGCUCUCGAGAGAUCCCGCAUGGAUCAAGUCUUUUGGACAAAACUGAGAGCAAGACAGAAGAGUUUUCACAGACUGGGGGGGCAGUAUCUUUCUUUUCAUGUUUUUGUUCGGGCUCUUCCUUUAUUUGAAGUGUUGUCCGAGACCUGGUCAUAGUAGGCUUAGUCAUGCCAGGUCCUCGCUUUAAGGACAGAGGAGACGACCUUGUGCUUGUUGAACAGUCUCUGUUCAGAAACAGAUAAGUGAGUGGACAAGACGAGGAUGCUGCUCAGCCUCUUUCUCUAUGGAGUUGGCAGCCAAUGAGGAGUGGUCAUGCGGUGCGUCUGUCUGCUGUAAUGAGGACAGGGUGACCACGGACAAACAGGCACAUAGUUAGAGAGGAGGGGAGAAAGACAGAAAGUUGAAGUGUCCAUUUCAACAGCAGGGGCAAAUCGGCAGACAUUACAAAAUGAUUGAUGUGACCCUGAGGCUCAAAGGUGAUCUUAGACCAUUCCUUGAAGAUAUUUAAUUUAUUCCAUGUAAAACAUGGCUGAAGGUCCCCAAAGGAAGGUGUGUGUGUGUGUGCGUGCGUGAGAGCCUGUGGGUGAGAGCCUGUGGGUUGUGCUUGUGUGUGUAUGUUUGUGUGCAUGUGUGUAUGCUAGAGUAUGUGUGAUAAAAAAGAAUGAUAAUGAUAGCAUAUGUAUCCUUGCAUAAGUACCAUGCUAAAGACUUGUAUUAACAUUUGUUCAUUAAUUUGUUCAUGCGUUUUUUCAUCUGCUGAAAUGGACCACCAUGGAGUGAGAGCAGGAGGGCUGUGAGGUGGGUUGUAAAAGCUGCCCCCUACCUUUCAGUCGGCAUGUUGGGUCUCAGACAGCCCCAGGACAGGCCAGGCCGUGAUGCCCAGUCAGGAGAAAGACGAGCUCCAAAGUAGGCUCUUACUCCCCAGGAUUAAACCAGAGGAAUAUUCUCACCUCCAUUACAUAUACACUGUAUAGUCACACUCAUACCUAUCCAUACACACCCAGGAGCAGAAAAAAGAGAAACUAUUUAAUAUAUUUUUAGAUGAUUUUUUAAUUAUUAUUUCUUUCUUAAUGUUUCAAUGGCAUGCUCUCAUGACCCACUGAAUAUGUUAUGUAUAUACAUGAGUAGCUACUAGGAUGAAACAUCAGAAAAAUUCUACAGUGGAUAAAAAAAAAACCUUGCAGUUCUUAAAAAACUGAGGAAGACUCCAACAUUACUGCUGUAUAGAAGGUGAGGCCUGCACAUUUUUAGGGCUGUGAUUUUUUUCUUUUUUGUUUCUGAGACUCCCAUAUAAUUAUAUAUGUAUAUAAUUUUGUUUUUGUUUUCUUUUCUUAACUCCAGUUGCAGUAAGAAAGUGUGAAGAGAUAAUCCAAAUUAUAAGCAGAAACACAUAGCCAAUUAUGUUAAUUGUGUAUUGUGUGUACUUAAGAGAUGUGGAUAUGAGUAUCGAAGUAGAAGCCCUCUUUUAUUAUUAUUAUUAUUAUUAUUAUUAUUAUUAUUAUUAUGAUUUUAUCCUUUAGACAACAAAACACUGAACUAAUUGUGUAUAUGUAUAUAAUGGAUUCACAAUGUUGGUCUCUACCUCUUGAGCUCAAUGACUUGGUUGUUUACCUCCACAUUUUUGAUUUUACCGUGGAGAUUUAAAACUUGAAUGUCCCUUCCAGUUUUUAUAUUCCUACAAAAAAACUCCCACUCUGGAAUGAAAGUCAUCAUCAAAAUUCAAAUUACAUGAGAAGGAGGCCCCUUGUAUUCCUAUUUGGAAAAUGACAUACCUUAUUCUUGGCCAAGUAUUCUCUGACUGUUAGUUCACUGAAAUCCUAUUUGACGUGUCAACCUUCAGUAAUUGAGGUUAUAGUUUUUGUUCAAAUGAAGUACAAAUACAUGGUAAUGCUUGUAUUUUCAGGGGGAUAUGUAAAAAAUUAUAACAUGCAAAUGAAACCGAUAAAAGGAUACAAUGGUAGUGUGAUGUGUGAAAGACUGAUGACCUCUGCAACUUCUAUCAAAAGGUAUAGGUACUACUUCUGUCAGGCUUUUUUAUAAGACAUUUGAAGUUUAUAUUCAGAGGUAAUGGUAUUUCAAUACAUUUUACGAUAUAUACUAAAGAGAGCUGUUAGUUGCCUGAAAGCUUAUGUUGGUCACACUGAGGGAUUGGAAGACGCAUCAGAUGAAUUUCAAUCUUUCCUUGGGGAAAAAUAAAACAAUGUUUGGUCUCUCAACAAAAAUGUAGAUUUGAAGUACCGUGGUCAAGCUCAUUAAAUGUUGACAUUGAAAAAAAUGACAA